AUGCAUUCCUCGAUCCUCACCAUUCUUGCUGCUGGCAGCCUCUACCUGACCUCAUCUUCAGCUGCACCCACCACCUCCCCACCGCCUGGCAUCGGCGCAACCGUAAACCAACUCGACUCCAACGGCAUGCUCCAUUGGACUCCCGCAGCAAAUGGCGGACGCACUACCACCAUCGCCGCCGGACUCAUCUCUCACGCCCAUCAGCAACUGGCGGCCGGCAGCUCUCGAAAGCUGAAAGCCCGUGACGGCCCCAGCGCAGAUGUCGGCGGCUGGACCACCCUCGGUCAGAUCCAGGAUUACGCCGCCUCGUACGCCUGCGAACAAGGCGGUGAUUAUGGCGUCAGCACGACCAUCGCGACCCACAUCACCGACGCCUGUACCGCUCUCCUGGCAACAUUACCCGGCGCUCCCAUUGCGGAAACCGCAUGGCAAGUAUACCAGUCGGCCGCUGGUGCGGGUGGCUCCGGUGGCUCCGUUGGCACUGUUUUCCGCUACUUUACGAACACGGCGAGCGCGCCUGCGCUCACGCAGACUAUCUGUACCACCGCUUUCACGGACUUGACGAGUACUGCUUGUCAAGGAAAAGGGGAUCAUGGUGCGGAUACGCGAGGUGGUGAGAUUAAGAUUGGUACUGGGAAUGACUAUCUCAUGGUUGGUUUCGAUCCGAACAAAAAUCCCAUCGUCUUUUCAUACUGGCACGUCAUGAACAGUCUACGGGCGGCCAAAAUGUUUUUCGUCAACAGAACACCAGAUGAACGACAACGUCUGGGCUCUAGUGGCUAUGGCGACAAAGGGGAAGGAAAUUACCCUUCAGAUAUUAGCGAGACAUCUGGAGACAGCCUCGAAGCAGGCUUCGUCAAACCAGGAAAAGUUAAGAAGCCUGGCUUGGGUAGAAGAUUCACGGAAUAUGCUCGCGGACGGAAGACCUUUUUUGUCGACUGGAGCUCCGCUCAGCCUCGAAGCGUCUGGGCUAUCAUAACAUUGGCGGUCCUAGGGACUGUCGUCAUCCUUGUCCUAACUGCUCUAUUGAUAUAUUUCAAUAUCCAUCUGCGAAGACAGAUCCCCCGCAACGACAUACAAAGGAUUGUCGCUUCAUGGGGAGCGCCGGGCUCUCCGACGCAAGCAGAAGCCCAUUACCCCACGGACUUCAGCCGAGACAUCACUCCAAUCCCUUGCCAUUCACACAAUGACUACUGGCGCAAAGUGCCUCUAUAUGACGCGCUCGCGGCUGGAUGUACGGGCGUAGAGGCCGAUGUCUGGCUCACUGACGACGAUCUCCUCGUUGGUCAUUCAGCUGGCUCCCUAACAUCCGCACGCUCUUUAACAUCUCUCUACAUCAAUCCUUUAAUAUCAAUCCUGGCCCAUCAGAACCCGCCUCUCACAUUCCAAAAUACCACCACGGCUAUCCCUGAAUCCAACUCAACCACCAGCAGCGCUUCUAUCAACGGAGUCUUCGAAACCAAUCCAGCAACUUCGCUCACCCUGCUCAUCGACGUCAAAACAAACGGCACAGCCACCCUACCAGUCGUGCUCCAGCAGCUCGAACCCCUCCGAUCCCGGGGUUACCUAACAUACUUCAACGGCACCGCCGUCAUCCCCGGCCCCAUCACCGUCGUCGGCUCCGGCAACACCCCGUUCGACCUGCUCACCUCCAACACCACCUACCGCGACGUCUUCUUCGACGCGCCGCUGGACCAGCUCUGGGGCGAAACCGCCCCCGCCAACGCCUCGCUCUACACCUCGGACAACUCCUACUACGCGAGCGUGGACUUUGCGGCCGCGGUCGGGAAGCCGUGGCACGGCAGUUUGGAGCCGCAGCAGGUGGAUACGAUCUUGGGGCAGGCGGGCGCGGCGGCGGCGAGGGGCUUGAAGGCGCGGUAUUGGAACACGCCGGCUUGGCCGGUGGGCGUGAGGGAUCAUGUUUGGGACGUGCUGGAGAAGGAGGGCGUGGGGAUGCUGAAUGUGGAUGAUUUGGAGAGUGCCAGUCGGCGGAAUUGGGGGGGUUGA